AUGCCUCCAACUCGGUGGGAGAAGACGAAAAGCAUUUCAAAAAAAGGCUUCGACAAAGCAUGGGAUACCGUCGACAAGCUAGGCGGGCCCGUCAAUCGCCUGUCGAACAAGCUGGGCUCCGAAGCCUUUUGGCCCAUGACAAUCGACAAGGAGUCAGAUAAAGCGGCGCGCAUUCUACGCAGCUUUUGCAAAGAUGGUUUCUACGCCCCCGAGUCUACAAACGACACCGACGAAAAUGGCAAAAUCAAUCGCCCCAAGGGCAAGCAACGCGUCAUUCAGAAAAUCCCUUCGAAGGUUAUUCGCAACGCUAAGGGAAUCGCCAUCUUCACCACUAUGCGAACCGGUCUCUGGGUGAGUGGCUCGGGUGGUAGUGGCGUCUUGCUAGGUCGCCUCCCCGAGACCGGCGCCUGGAGUCCGCCUUCCGGUAUCAUGCUACACACGGCGGGAAUUGGGUUCUUGGCCGGUGUGGAUAUUUACGAUUGCGUGGUGAUCAUCAACACCACGGAAGCGCUGGAGGCUUUCAAGAAGUUCCGCUGCACGCUUGGCGGCGAGGUUAGCGCCGCAGCGGGCCCCGUGGGCAUUGGCGGCGUGCUUGAAUCCGAGGUUCACAAGCGCCAGGCGCCGAUUUGGACAUAUAUGAAGAGCAAGGGACUAUACGCCGGUGUUGCCGUCGACGGCACCAUUAUCAUUGAGCGUACUGACGAGAACGAACGCUUCUACGGGGAGCGCUUGUCUGUAGAUGAGAUCCUGUCAGGCAAAGUCCGACACCCGCCUUACGAACUCGAAACCCUCAUGCAGACCCUCAAAGCGGCGCAGGGAGACUCGGAUGUUGACGAAAGUCUCGUUCCGCCACCGGGCGAAACACCAGGCGAUAUGGAGGUGGUCGACGAAGACGUCCAUCCCUUUGGCGUGCCGGCGCACGACGAUCCAGAUCCAUAUGGAGUGAAGGCGUUGGAGGCGGAGGGACUUUUCAUCCGCGAGGCCGGCACGAAGGUGAGGCCGAAUCAUGAAAUCUUUGAAUUCCGCCCAAACUUGGGUAGCCCAAUCUAUAGCACGUUCUCGCGGCGUAGUGUCGAUAGCUCGCCGCGGAAUAGCUGGCGUGCGAGCGUGCAGAGCUCCAAGAGUUAUGCUAGUGUCGACCGUGGCACCCAGACUGAUGACUCCCCGCUAACCGAGACCACGUCAGUGAGCCGGGCGUCGUCGCGCAGCGCUAAGGAGUCGCCACCGAUGAGCUCGUGGGACGAAGAAGCCGACGCUGCGCCCUGGGAUGCGGUCGUGAUUCAUGGUGGCGAGGAAGAGCAGGUGAAGGUCCGUCAGUUGGAAGGUCAUGAUGCUGAGAUUAGAAGGGCAAAUGCUAGCGCUUGUGAAGAUAAGCAAGAGGAUUUCGAAGUGGAUGAAGAUGAUGAUGAUUACGAGGUCCACGAAGUUACCAACGCCAUGGUUACACCGAGAGAAAGCAUUGCAGGCUCGCCAACCAAGUCGGAGUAUCAAAAGACUGAUACUGAGGUCAAGCGCAUGUCGCCGAGCUUCACUCGUGCUCGUCUGGUCACGAUCCCGGCUCGAGGUCCACCAGCUCUCCCACCACGUCACCCGCAACACGUCUGGGGCUCUGGAUCAAGUCGCGAAUCUACUUCUCCCACGCCGCAGUCGCAGUCCAGCCAAAACACCUCGCCCACCACCGAUGCCACUGAAACCACCGACCACGGCGAGCACACUGAGGCAUCUCUCAAGGCGUCUCCAUUAGUGCAGCACGUCAAGACCGCCACUGCUGUUACGCCCGAAGUCGACGAGGAUGAAAACGAUGUAUUGGAAGAAUUCCUCUCUGCCAACGGAGACGAGUCAGAAAGGGAAGACCACACGAUCUCCCUCGAAGACCACGAGCAGGAAACCACACAGGGAGACUACAAGGGCGUCGUAUCCGAGAAAUCUCCGCAACCCGAGAAGACUCCGAACCUUCCCAAUCUCGCGCCAAAUGUCAAGGAUACACCCGAAGUCGAAGAGACUCUCGAUAAGAUCGAGGCCAAGCUCGAAGCUGAGGUUGAUCACCCGGAAGGCCAGAAGUCUAAUAAGACAUAUGCUCAUAUUCUCGCUGAUCGUGAAGAGCAUGAGGAAUCUCCUGGCGGGACUAAGAUUGAUACUACUCUUCCUCACGCCAGGGCUGAUUAA